AUGACCCAAAACCUCCAGGAUCAGCCAUUCCCUUUUGGCCUCCAGCGGAGCCGGAGCCGGAUGGGGGAGCUUCUGGCGGCAGACGUGCUCGUUGCUGCAGGUUCGGCAACACUGAUUACACCAGCGGUGAUGAUAUUUGACAGACUCGUCGUCGAGAAAUCCUUCUAUAACCAACCUCUCUUGCCCGCAUUCCGGAGGCACCUAUGGUUCUCCAUUACACAGCCUGCUACAUUUUUGACAUCACGACCCAGUCUACUCGUCUGGUCCCUUUAUACAGCGACGUUCGCAACAGCCAAUGCAUCCGAGACGAUUCUCGAGAAAUUAUACCCCAAAAUUGACCAUGCCAUUGCCGGCAUGACUUCAUUCGCAUCUACCUUCCUGGUGAACUCUUCCGUGGGCAUCUGGAAAGACGUUAAGUUCGCACAACUUUUUGGACACAAGAAUACCACCACCACGACUCCUCCGACUACCACCCCACCAUCCACAACACCUACAUCAAACACCCAGGCAGCCACCGAAACGUCAUCCCAACCACAACCCAAGCCCAAAACUGCCCGUUCUAUCGGCCGCACCAGAAUCCCCUUGGCCACCUACUCCGCCUUUCUGAUCCGUGACGGCCUCACCAUCUUCGGAUCCUUCAGCCUACCCGCCAUGGUAUCGGCGUCGAUUCCCGACUCUGUGGCGUCCCAAGAAUACCUGAAAAUUCUGAUUGCCCAACUAGCAAUUCCGGCCUCUAUCCAGCUGAUCAGCACACCGAUCCACCUACUGGGUCUGGACCUCUACAACCGGCCCCAAGUCCGCCCAGCAAAGGACCGGGUGUCUAGGGUCAGCCGGGACUGGAUCAGUGCUUCGCUCUUACGCAUGUGUCGCAUUAUCCCCGCAUUUGGGAUCGGUGGCUUUGUGAACACGGAGGGCCGGCUGUAUCUACACGAACAGUUGGAUGAACGGCGCUCGCCUUCAUGA